AUGUUAUCAGGCAGUGAUGUGGCGAAUGCGGUUCUGGAUGGUGCUGACUGUGUAAUGCUGAGCGGCGAAACCGCAAAAGGACAGUACCCCGUUGAAGCGCUUUCAACGAUGGCGCAGAUCUGUAAACAAGCAGAGACGGCAAUCUUUUACACGAAAGCCUCGGAAGAACUGAUACGGAUGACGCCAACACCUACCGAUGAUGCACAUACAAUAGCUAUUGCGGCCAAUUCGGCGGUGCAAUCCUGCCAUGCGGUCGCCGUCAUUUGUGUAACUGUUACCGGAAGAGCAGCAACACUUUUAUCUCGUUAUCGGCCGCCAGUGCCAAUUUUUGCGGUUUGUCGUGAUCGAAUGAUCCGAAGGCAGCUUCACUUAUGGCGAGGCGUUUUCCCGCUGUAUUUUGAAGCUCAAAGUACGGAUUGGCGUGUGGAUUUAUAUGAUCGCAUACGUUAUGGAAUAAAAUGUGGCAAGGAACGAAAAGUAAUACGCGAUGGCGAUUUGCUAAUUAUCGUCAGCGGCGCUACACAGGGAUAUGGUGCCACAAAUGGCUUGCGCAUCAUCAAAGCCUAG